ACCUCGCACCACUCCUAAUUUCUCUCUCUUCUUCGCCACCCAAAAAAAUCUCUCUGCUUCCGACUUUCUCUCUCCCCCACAGGCCCCCGCCCUGCCUUCCGACCCAUCUCUUUCUCUCUCUCCCCCCUCCCUCAGGUCUUGGAUCUGUGAAGGCAUAGGUUGAGGGAGAAAGGAGAAAAAGGAGAAGAAGAAGAUGAUGAUGAUGAGGGCUUCUGGUGGAGUAGACUCUGCUCUUUCAAACGGCGUCGUUUGUCCCAAGCCCCGUAGAGUCGGUGGGUUCUUCAAUUCGCCCUCCGCUUUUGACCCUCUCGAAUCCAUUAGACCUUCCUGUUAUCUUCAGUUCAGUCAACAAAUGGAGGCUUGUGAUUCGGAUGCUGGAACUGAACUUCUGGAUAUCAUCCUUACCAAGGGGGAUUAUGGAGAGGGCAGAUCCAAUUACCAGAUGGAUUCAUCACCUCCAUUUUUCUGUGGGUCACCACCAAGCAGGGCUUCAAAUCCCCUAAUUCAAGAUGCCCAUUUUGGCCAAGAAUUUUUCGAUCCAUUCUCGCCAACACUAGAAGCGGUGGUAGCGCUUCCACCCCCGCUAUCUCCACCGCCACCCCCAUCGCCCCUCUCCUCCUCGGCCCGCAAGAACGGGGGAGGAGGAUGCGGGAUGAAGUUCGGGCACAAGCCAGCCCCGGUGAGGAUCGAAGGCUUCAGCUGUGGUAGGAACUGCAGCAUCUCUGCUGUAGCUUAGGUAUACUUGGAGUUCUUUGAGUUAAGAAAACGCCACGGGGAAGAUCUGCAGAGAGAUUUUCGGGUGAGAAUCCACAAAAACAAAACUAAACCAAUUUGUUUAGCUGUGUACAUAUAGAGAGUGAGAAGAAGAGUCUUUGAAAAAGCAUCUUAACAAUUUGCUGAUUAUUAUGAGUUCCUUAUUUUCCCAUUAAGUCAGUCGGAUGUGCAUAUGUAAUGAGAUUAUGAGUUGAGUUGAGGGGAAGUUAAUUCAAAACAAUAAACAGCUCCAAAGAGGAAGAAAUGGAUGGGGUAAAUCAAUCUCCCCCUUCCUUUUCACCUCUGGGCACUGUUAAGUUAGGUUUUUACUACUUUUUUUUUUACCACAGGCCAUGAUAUGAGGUUGGGUGUAUCUUAAAGUAAAGAGACUUGGGAGACCACUUUCAUCUUGUAACAUUGUUACUCUUCUUGCCCUUCACUGUAAUUGUAAUUUGAAGGAGAGGAGACAAUGGUCUUUUCAUUUUUCCUGGUCUUAUCUUAUUUUAUAUAUAUUUAUUUAUUUUCUCCCAAUUGUUGUGAAUAUUACUUUUUAUCUUGUAUAAUCAAUGAAGCACGUGGUAGUGUUGGUCCGAGUUUGGUUAUCAA